AACCAUAGAGAUGACAAAUUAUGAUUUAAUUGUGUUCAUAAAUUAAUCAAAGUUCAUGCUUUUCAAUAUUGUAAUCCUUUUGCGAUUUCUCUCACCACUCAUUGCUUUAUCACCCAGAAUGUUAUCAACUUAGAAACCUUGUUUUUGUUAAAUAAAUAGUCGCUUUCUCGCCUAGUUUUCAACGGCAAUCAAAGGUAAUUGUACCUGUCUGGGCAGAAUUACAUUCACUUUUCCCUUAAAAUACCAAUCUAAAGGAGUUUUGCUCAGUAAAAUAUUUUCUCUGUAAUCUUCAAUAAUUUAUCCUAAGAAGAAGCUUGUGAGCAAGUCCAAGGCAAAACAGUUGCAUCCUCCUCAAAAUCUUGUCAAAAAUAACAUACUUUGGUGUUGUUGUUUUUUAAUUGUUACUCAAAAUGAUAUCAAUUUUAAUGUAAUCUAUCAAUAGAAUUUGAUUUUUUAUUCAUCCUUUACCCAUUUGGAUAAUAACACCAGAUGUUUGUAAUGGUGUCAAAGUUUAAUCUUUUGAAAUAAUUUCAUCUGGCAUCUUUUGAGAUCAAUCUGUGCUUUUUUCAGUUCUUUUACUCUCUUUUCCACUCUCUCUCUUCUCUGUGUCUCAGUCUGGUCAACCACAAAAUCUCCAAUACAGUUGUGUCAAUCAGCUGGGAACGAAUGUAUCUAUUGACUAUAUUGUUAGUGAUUAGUACAUCACUAUCGUGUUUGGCUCAAACUAGUGCUAGCUUGUCAACAAAAGGACCAGUGGAAUCAGUUCAACCAUCAAUUCAAGUCAAUAGCUCCGAAGUUACAUCAACUAAUUUUAGUGACUAUAAUGAGACCAUUUCAACUACACCAUUAUCAUCAACUACAUUUAUUAAUCAAGCAAAUACCGAAGACGAUGGUGACUUGAAAACAUCAACAAAUUACAGUGGUUACGAUAAUGGAAUUGUGAUCGCUUCACCGAAGCCAGCAACAGUUUUACCUAAUCCCUGUGGAAAUCAUAACGGAAACUGUUCCGACAUUUGUCUCGAUUUAGGAAACGGAACUCGUAGAUGUGGCUGUAACUAUGGCGUUUUAUCUUCUGAUGACCUGUCUUGUGAAGCGCCAGAUUCUUUUGUUGUCUUCGCACGAGCCCUUCAGCUUGAAUUUUAUCCUAUCGACGACAGCGUUAAUCGAGCACCUCCUUAUCCACCUAUUACCGAUGCCAACUAUAUGAAAAAUGUGAUUGCUGUCACAUUCGAUUAUGAAAAUAAACGAUUAAUCUAUUCUGAUAUUAAAAGUGCUACCAUCAAUAGUGUUUUCUUCAAUGGAACUGAUUUCAGGGUUAUUGCAACAAAUCAAAGUAAUGUCGAAGGCUUGUCUCUUGACCGUCAAACAAGUGAUUUAUGGUGGACAAGUAACAAUGAUUCUUCUAUUUAUCGACUUAACUUAAAAAUAGCAAGAUAUCCACAAAAAAUUAUUGAUCUCGGACCUGAAGAUAAACUCAGAGGAAUCGCCGUUCAUGGCUGUAGAUAUUUUGUUUAUUGGGCCAAUUGGAAUCCUAAUGCGCCAGCUAUCCAACGAGCUUAUCUAUCGGGAUAUAAUAUUACUUCCAUUAUAACUACAGGAAUUAAGAUGCCUAAUGCUGUCACUAUUGAUCAUCAGCUUCAAAAAUUAUACUGGACCGAUGCUCGAUUAGACAAGAUAGAGAGAUGUGACUUAGAUGGAACUAACCGCGCUAUUAUUAUUUCCAAGACUCCUAAACAUCCAUUCGCUGCAGCUGCUUAUGGUUCAUUUAUCUUUUGGACUGAUUGGGGUGGUCAAGGAGUUUACCGUGCUGAUAAACUGUUUGGCAAUGAUGUUAAAGCGAUACUGACCAAAAUCAAUAACCCAAGAGGAAUAGCGGUGGUUGCUAAAGAUUCUGAUGACUGUUUAAAAAAUCCUUGUGGUUUCAUUAAUGGAGGCUGUUCUGAUAUUUGUUCGGUUUCUCUUAACAUGACAGUUCAAUGCAGUUGUUUUGAAGGUCGUACUCUUCUAGAUGGCCAUCGUUGUAUGAAUAAUCGAACAGCAGAAGCAAAGUGUAAUUCGACUCAGUUUGAAUGUGAUGAUGGUGUUUGUAUUCCUUAUGAGCUGACUUGUGAUUUAAUUAGUCAUUGCGUAAAUGGAUCUGAUGAAAGCCUCAAAUUGUGUGCCAAUCGAGAUUGUCCAUUUGAUUUUUACCGCUGUAUCAACGGCAAAUGUAUUCGUGAUGCUAUGCUUUGUGAUGGAAAAAUUGAUUGCCCCGAUGGAGGUGAUGAAGCAAAUUGUAGUUGCUCUGGAGACAUGUUUAAAUGUCCAGGAGGACCUUGCAUUCCUGCAAGUCGUAGAUGUGAUAGAGAUGCUGAUUGCCCUGAUAUCAGUGAUGAACUUGAUUGUCCACCACCAGACUGUGAGAUCUACAAACAAAGUAUUAGUUUUAAUGAAAACGCAGAAUUUAUUCGCUGUAAUCGUACUCCCAUAUGUAUCCACCCUGAAUGGAUUUGUGAUGCCCAAAAUGACUGUUUAGAUUGGUCUGAUGAGGCCAACUGUGCCCCUAAAUAUAAUAACUCUAACGGUACUUGUGACCCUAAUUGGUUCCAAUGUAAAACUGGACUGUGUAUCCCAAAAGCCUGGAAAUGUGACCGAGAUAAUGAUUGUGUCAAUGAAAAUACGACAGUUACAUCUGACGAACAAGAUUGUACUUAUAAAUGUCACGACGAUCAAUUUCAGUGCAAUAAUCAAGAUUGUAUUCCAGCUGACUGGAAAUGUGAUGGACACAAUGAUUGUCAAGAUAAUAGUGAUGAAAAUCCUGAAGUUUGUAGUUCAAAAGUUUGUCCUCAUGACUAUUUCAACUGUACCUCUGGUCAAUGUAUCCCUCUUUAUUGGGUUUGUGACGGAGAAAUUGAUUGCCAUGAUGCUAAUGGAAGUGAUGAAAAUUUGCCGGAAGGCUGUAACUUUCAAAAAUGUAAACCCAAUGAAUUUUCAUGUAAAAACCAUCAAUGUAUUUUGAAAAAGUUCUACUGCGAUGGCGAUGAUGAUUGUGGAGAUAAAUCUGAUGAGCCACCAAACUGUCGAUCGUCAAAGUGUCUUUCUGACCAGUUUGAGUGUAUGAAUAAAAAGUGUAUACCUAAACUUUGGAUCUGUAAUGGCGUCCCAGAUUGUCCGGAGGGAUCAGAUGAGAGUGACGAUCUCUGUAGAAAUAACAAUAAGACAUCGAAUCUUUGCCCUGCCGAUAAUUUCCAAUGUGCGAACGGAAAUUGUGUUUUACCAGAUGUUCUUUGUGAUGGAAAAAAUAAUUGUGGGGAUUAUUCAGAUGAGAAUAAGUGCAACGUUAAUGAGUGUCAAUGGAGACAAUCGGACUGUUCACAAAUCUGUGAAGACAUGCCCAUUGGUUAUAAAUGUAGCUGUCAUGCAGGUUUUGAGGCUAUUGACGGUGGUAAGAUCUGUAAAGAUAUUGACGAAUGCAAAGUUGAUCGCCCGUGCUCUCAAAUUUGUCGAAAUACGUAUGGAUCAUAUAGCUGUUCCUGUGUUCCAGGCUACUAUUCAGCCAAUAAUGGCUCCUCUUGUAAAGCUAAUUCCGAUAUCGAGCCAUAUUUAUUGUUUGCUGACAGAUAUUCUAUUGCUUAUUCUGAUCUUAAGGGUCACAAUCUACGUUUAAAAGUCCACAAUUUAACAAAUGCAAUUGGUCUUGAUUUCGAUUGGGAAGAAAAAUGUAUAUACUGGUCUGAAGUCUCUCAAGCUGGAAGCAGCAUAAAUAAAGCCUGCUCUAAAGAUCAUAAUGAUACUCUGUUACCACCAUCUUCAGUUGUAAAAAUUCAUACAGUUCAUAUUCAAAGUCCUGAUGGGCUUGCUGUUGACUGGUUUGCCAAAAAUCUCUAUUGGAGUGACAAAGGUAGAAGAACUAUCGAAGUUUCCAAGCUGGACGGUAGUUUUAGAAAAAUCCUUCUCAAAGAUGAUCUUCAAUUACCAAGAGCAAUCGCUUUAGAUCCUAGUGAGGGUUACAUGUAUUGGACUGACUGGGGGGAAAAUCCUUAUAUCGGUAAAUCUGGAAUGGAUGGCAGUAAUUCAUUCCGAUUAAUUAACGAGUCUCUUGGAUGGCCAAAUGCUUUGACUAUCGAUUAUAUCACUCGUGAGUUGUUCUGGGCUGAUGCCAAAGAAGAUUAUAUUUCAGUUUCUAACCUAGAUGGAUCCCGCCGACACAUCAUUGUUCAUAAAGCAAACUCCCGCUUCAUUAGCCGAGUGUUUGCAAUCACACUUUUCGAAGAUUAUCUCUAUUGGACGGAUUGGGAAAGACACACCAUUGCCAUGUGUCACAAGUACCACUGUAAUAGUAGCUCUAAGGUCUUAUCUUUAAGUGAGAGACCCAUGGAUAUCCAUAUUUAUCACCCUUUCCGACAGAUAAAUCCUAAAUUUGAAAAUCCUUGCAACUUACUCAACUGUUCAGGGCUUUGUCUCCUUCGGCCUGGAUUAACUCAUCAAGCAGUUGGAGUUUGUUCGUGUCCAGAUGAUCAUGUUUUGGGUCCCAAUGGACGUUCUUGUAUUAGCAACUGUUCAGAUAGUCAAUUCCGCUGUAAAAGAACAAUGAAAUGUAUCAGCAAAAAAUGGGUCUGUGAUAAACAUGAUGACUGUAAGGAUGGCUCUGAUGAGCCCGAGCAAUGUAAACUAAGCUCAUGUGAAACAGGCUUUUUCACUUGUCGAAACGGCUCUUGUAUUCCUGUUAAUCAAUUUUGCGAUGGCAUCUCACAGUGUUCUGAUGGCUCUGAUGAAGAAUGCGGCCAUAAUCUAAUUGAUCGAUGCGCAGAAUGUACAAUUGAAGGCUGUAAGUCCAUUUGUCUAAAUGGCGGAUCUUGUUAUAUGGAUGAACAACAGGCUAAAUGUAAUUGUCAAAAUGGUUACAACGGAUCCAGAUGUGAAUACAACAUAUGUAAUUGUAAAAACGGAGCAACAUGCUUGGCCUCCGGUGGGGAAGGAAAAUGUAUAUGUUCUCCAGGUUUUACUGGAAAACUGUGUGAAACAGUAACUGAUCCUAAAUGUGACAACUUUAUCUGUCUCAACGGCGGCUACUGUAUGGUUAAAGACGAUUUACCUUAUUGCGAAUGUCCAGCAGGCUGGAAAGGAUCUAAAUGUGAAAAAGUUAAAACUGGUGAUGAAAUCUGUGAUCAUUAUUGUCUCAAUAGUGGAAAUUGUACAUUUACAGGAGGUCAUUUUCCUCCUAGUUGUAGAUGUCCUGCGGGUUGGAUUGGUCCUCGGUGUCAAAUUGCAGAAGGAUGUAAAGGUUUUUGUUUAAAUGGAGGUCUCUGUAAACUUACUUCUGAUCCGCUAAAGACUCCUUAUUGCAUUUGUCCACCUUUAUCUGAAGGGAAACGAUGUGAAAAAGCUAGAUCUUCAUCUACGGCUGGACCUGGUUCAAUCCCUAGAAAUUAUCGUCAAACACCAGACUGGAAAGUUGCCAUGACGGUGAUAACUAUCUGUGUAGUUGUCGUAACUCUUGUUUUCUUGAUCAUGUUUGGUUUGAGAAUUCGUGCCAGAAGUCGAGCUUUCAUGCACCAAAGAAUUGAUGAAUCCGCUGCUAACCUUGAAAUCAGCAACCCAAUGUUUGGUGAUGAUGUAGAAGAUGAUUGCUAUACAACAGAGCAUCCUACUCAAACUUUCUCUCUUAAAUCUGAGGAUAAAAGCAAAAAUUUCAGUAAUCCUAUGUAUGAAUUUCAACAAACUAUUGAUGAAGAGAAGCGUAAUCUUUUGGUUGAAAAGAAUGACAUGACUGAAUUUCCUAAAGAUGAACUUAAUGGUGAAAGCAAUGGAGUUAUUGGUGAUGGUUUACCUGGUAAUAGCCGUAAAACAUUCAAAUCAGACUCUUGAGAUUGAGCUUUUCUUCUUUCCGAGCUCGUUGUUCCUGGUCAUUUUAAAACAACCAAAGAAAUUUUAGAUACCAAGCUGAGUGAUCCUCUAUAUGUUGGUUAAUUACUUAUGAUUUAGCUUUCUUUCCUGCAUCAAGGAUAAUUUUUGUUGUGAUAUAUGUCAAUAACUCCUGCCACUUGUUGAUUCGCACCCAGUCAACCAUUGGUUAACAAAUUUUUCUGCAUUUUUUCACCUGCUCUUAUGGAAUUAACUAGUUACAAAUAACGAAAGGCCUAACCAUCAUCUCCGUUUUCAAAGUCCAAUCAAACCUUGUGAAACAAAAUUUCUCUGUUUCUAAUUCAUUUUAGUCACAGAUUAUCUCAUCAAGAUAAGAAAAGCUAACCAGAUCAAUGACUACAAUGUUCUAGUUUUCUGCAAUUUAUAACAUACUUAAAUGAAAGCAAACAUCUCAAUAAUUUAUAAGCUAUGAUCUGCUAAUCAUGAGUUAGUUAAAUUAUUGAAUUUACUUUUCCUUUUUCACUGACAUUCUUAUUUGAUGAUAUAAUCUUUGAUAUUAUUUCACUCAGAGUCCAAACAAUAUCUUUCCUUCUGCAUAUAAUUUUUCCUUUUCACUUCAGAUUAAUUGUUAAACCUUAAUGUGCCAUAUUAAUGAUAAUCACGAGAAAUUUAGAUUUAACCAUUUCAGAUUGGACAUAGACCCAAAAUUUUGCUGAUGAAAACAAUUUAAGUUUUUUAUCUGCCAUCAUCUUCUUGGGGCCAUUUAAUCACCAACGUAAAGAUCUAUUCUUCAUGCAAUUAGAACCAACGAAUUUCCACGAAAACCAUCAGAAGACGAUUGUUUGAAUUUUACAUCCACAAAUUUCUUAUCGAGAUUACGCCUAAUGAAACUUCUAUCUUUAUCAACUAUGGCAGCGUUUUUCAUUGAUAUUCUGUAACAUACUCAUUAUCGCUCACAGUAGUGAUUUUACUUUGUUUUCAUUAUUUUACAACUUUAUUUCUUCCAAUUAAUGUGCUAAUAUUAAUUUAAUGUCCAUGGGUCACUCAAAAAAUGUUGUAGUCAAUCAUUGGUCAUCAGAGUCCAAAUCCUAUCGCCUAUUUGUAAAUUUCACAAAUCUUAACCUUUUUUAAGUUUCAAUAUAGAAAAUGUAAAAUCAUAUAAAUAUUCAAUAUUGAUAAAUCAAUUAAUUAAAUUGGUCUAACUUGAAGAAAGUCACUUUUUUGAAAA